CUGAAUCGAAGUUGAAUUAUUUAGCUCCCCCAACUAUUCACAACACGGAGCAUCCAUCUAUCAAACUCUGAUCUUCUUCCAUCUCUAAAAGUAUUCCUUAAUUGCGCGCAUUUAUACAUACUUGUCCAACUCUCUAGUAAGGCCAUGGGUGAGAUUAUUUCCUCAUGUUCUUCACCCUACAAUGUUUAUCCAAAAACUACCUCAGCCACAUUGCUUCAACAACGUCUCCAAUUCAUACUUCAGAACCGCCCUGAAACCUGGGUUUACUCCAUUUUCUGGAAAGCCUCCAAAGACAGUAACGACGACAACGGCGUUUCUUUGUCAUGGGCCGGAGGCCAUUUCAGAGGCAUUAGAGACUUCUCAUCCAAAAAAUCAAGCAUUCAGAACUCAGAUAAUAACUACCGACCCAGAUUUGGGAUGGUCAACAGAGAGAUCGAAGCGCUGUGUCAUGACGACAUGGACUCGGAGAGAUUUGAAGACAUUAACGGAGACGUGACUGACUCCGAGUGGUUCUACUUCUACACCGUCUCUUUAACACAGUCGUUUGCUGCAGGCCACAAUGGGAAUUCCAACAUUCUGGGCCGUGUGCAUUCUUCUAGUGCUUUCAUUUGGUUGGCAGGAGAUGGUGAGUUUCAGUUCUAUGAGUGUGAGAGAGUACAAGAGGCUCGCAUGCAUGGAAUUCGAACUCUGGUUUGUGUUGCAACUUAUAGUGGGGUGCUUGAAGUGGCUUCUUUGGAUGUGAUUAAAGAAGACUGGGGUUUUGUGCAGCAAGCAAAAUCACUUUUUGGAAUAUCAGACUCCAACUCAAAGCAGGGAAGCCAGGAGUCUCAUGUUCACGUUCCACUGCCCCAAAAUGGAUUAAUGUUUUCAGCAACUCAAAAGCAGUCGAAUACACAUGGGCGUGGUAAGAGAGAAGUGACUUUCAAUAUAGGUGGGUUGUCAUCUGAUUCAGGGCCUUCUGAAAAUAUAGAGAAUAAUCGAUCAAAAAAGAGAGGGAGGUCAUCAAGCCAUGUGAACGGCAGACGAGAAUCACCACCACUAAACCAUGUGGAGGCAGAGAGACAACGACGUGAAAGGCUGAAUCAUCGAUUCUAUGCUCUGAGAGCUGCUGUUCCAAAUGUGUCAAGGAUGGACAAAGCUUCUUUACUUGCUGAUGCAGUUGAGUACAUCAAUAAUCUGAAGACAAAGAUUGAUAAACUGGAGGCCAAAAUCCAAGCACAAACCAAGAUACCCAAAGUGGGUAGCACCAACUCCAUAAGUUACAGAGCAUCUGCUGUUAUGGAAGUGGAUGUGAAAUUUGUAGGCUCUGAAGCAAUGAUUCGAGUUCGGAGUACGGAUAAUGAGGACUAUCCAUAUGCAAGAUUGAUGAAUGCACUCAAAGACCUCGAAUUGCAUAUUUAUCAUGCAAGCAUUUCAAGUGUGAAGGAGUUUAUGCUUCAAGAUGUUGUGGCACGAGUUCCAUUUGGAUUCACAAGUGAGGAGGCCAUGAGAACCGCCAUUAUAAAAAGAUUGUCAAACUUUCCCUAGGUAGAUAAUGGGAAAAAUAGUUUUCCAUCAAUAUAUCUUAAUCUCGAAGUUUAUCUUUGUAAAAUAAUUAUUUAUUUCAUAGUUGUACUUUAAAGAUUUUUAACGAAAUCGCAAGCAAGUU